CGAGGGGGCAAUUAGGGCACUUUUCGUGCGGCCGGAAGCGGAAGUGGCCUCAUAUUUCCGGCGCUCCGCGGGCGGGCGGCCAUGUUGCAGGGGUGGAUCGGCGCAGCGGCUUUUGCUGGGUCCCGCGGUGGCCGUAUCACAACACCUGCUGCAAGACUCUGGGAAUGAAUUAAAUAUAUCUUUGCUUGGAAGUAUUUGUUUUUCAUUCAACAGGUGACCUGUGCUGGUUUCCCAGUGGGGUUUGGAUCUACUAGAAGCUCCUGCCAGCCUAAUGCCAUGAAUGUUGAAGCGGACAAUGUGGAAGAGAAAGCUGUCCAUUCCUGGUCAAGGAUCUCCUCUGCAGGACAGAAAGCCUUGGAAGAAGCUCUCCGGGUGUUUAACCCCAUGUCCAAGGACCUGUCUGACACGGAGACCCAGUUAGUAGCUUUUCUCCAAGGCCUUAAAGAAGAAGGCCACCAACCCACAAUCCUACGGAGCAAAGACGUGUAUGGUUAUAGUUCCUGCACUGCCAAUGCACCUGGCCAAACAAAAGGCAAUAUUCAAGGCAUUUCAGAAACAGCUGUUCCUAUUUCAAAGUCUGCCAAGGCUCCAGCAAGGAACAUAGUAACCAUAGAAAAAGUACCUGCCUCCUUGGCAAGUAUUACCGUGAACUCUUCAAAAGAAUCUGCUAAGCCGAUGUCAAAGAGCAGUAACUCCACAAACCUCCUAUUGAACUCAUUGAAACGGACACGUUCGGGCACAUCAAAAGCUUCAGCAAUGAGCUUCCCUGCUAAUAUGUACCCUGGUGUCUAUCCAGCCAUGAGGCUUUCAGUGGUGCUGGAAGCCUUAGUCCCUCUGAAAGCCACUGCCUCUUGUUUGGAAUCAAAAUGCAAACAAGGGCACCUCGGGAUCUCUCCUUCGGACCUUAAGCAUCUCAAAGCAUCCACUGCAUCUAUGCAGUCUUCAGCAGGGAAGGCCGCUAAGAUGUCGUCUAAUCAGUUGGACCCCAAAGGAUAUAGGCAUUUACCGGUAAUAACAAAAGUGCCGGACUCUGCUGCUCUCACGAUGAACCUUAUAAAAGGACCAAAGGGUGGGGUGCUUCAGGAAAGUUAUGCUUGCAAAGCAUCUGGAAUCCUGAAUGGCCGGAUUUCUGGGAGCAACUCCCAGAGCUGUAGCACAGGGGCCUCCAGAAUUAAGGAACCGCUGGUGGCCAAAACUGAAUGGAAAAGUGGGGACAGCCAUCAGCAGGCAAUUGGGGAGAAAAGAAGACGAGCAGACGAAGGGAAAGAGUUGCCGUGUAGAAAGACGCCCGGUUCUGUUCCACCACCUAAUAAACCAGAACCGGCUUUGGAAACGCCAAACCUGCUGAAAUUCCAGGCCAUCAAAGUGGACAACUCUUCAGACGAUGAAUUGAGGAGGAGAGCACAACAGAUCCUUAAAGUUAACCUGUCCCCUGUGAUCAGAAUUCGGCCAUUGCCUCAGUCUCUCAGUAUCCCUUGAGUCAUUCAGUUGAGUUGGAGCUCCAAGGCCACCAUGUGAGGAUGAUCAAAUCAGCGUCAAGUCUCUCGGACCGGGUGAGGGCCUACACGUCUGAACUACUCAGGCGGCUGAUCCUCAGGUCCUGGCUGGCAUUUGGGGGAAAUUCCGCAGAGCUGAGCAACAACUGGAUUACAAAAUCAUGUUUAGAAAUACCGGAGGAGAUCUUUAAGGCCCCGUUGAGAAGAAUAGAGACCACCACUGGCUUUCCUCUGGGACACUUUUUUACACGUACUUUUGUAAACAUGGCAGAGUGCACAUCUGGGAUGUGGUGGCACUUGGGCUGUUCCCGUACUGUGAUAUUUCUGGUUCCUUUUAUCUUUCGAUCUGUAAAUCUACUUGGCUUUAUUUUGAUCCUAUUUUAUAUACUUAUGAAAUAUAAAUAUCUAUUGACUCGUACAUAUGCAUUGCCCAAGGGCUGUCAGAAUGUGAUCCCUCAAUUCUUCCUGUUUCAAGAACUGGGUUCAGACGUCUCCCCCCCCCCCCGGCGUAGCUUUGUCUCCCCCCAGUUACUUGUUGAAAAACACAACAAAGGCCUUUGCUUGUCUCCAGCACUGCCUCUCUUUUCUCUAAAAGCUAGUGGCUUGCUGUCAUCUAGUCUCUGGUCCUAUUUAUUCCCAUUAUUGUCACAUCUUAGCUGACCAUAGUGAAAAAGUACAUGAAAGCUGGAGGAGUAUUCCGAGUCCACCGGAAGGGAGAGCUGGAGAAACAUCCUUUCUCUGGUACACUUUUUCUCUUUUGGAAGAGAGUUUUUUAAAAUCUCCCAACAGAGUAUGAGAGAGAGGGAGAAAAAUAGUUUCAUAUCCCAAGCAUGGAGGCAUGGCUGCUUGGUUAGAGAAGGGAAGGCAGGUCUAAUCCCCAGUGCAUCCCAGGCAAUCUAAGAAUGUUGUCCAAGUGGCUAGUACCACAUUUGUGCCACAGAGGCAGGAAGUUCCUCUUCGGAAUAUACUUUUUGAAGACUCAGUGCCUCUUUACGGUGUUUCCCUGGGGGGCAGUGUCCACCAAUCAAUGUCCUGUAUUCUUCUAUGUAUUGGUCUCCUAUGGGGGAUCGUUAAGGAACCCAGCGAGAUUGUUAACAUUGUGUCCCUCUGUUAUUUUCGUUUGUUUAAAUGAAUCCCUGGCUGCUGAUGAGCCUCAGAACUUGGUAAAAUUGGCAAAUAAUAAUUUUCUAGUGCAAUUGUUACACUAGACAAUGUCUGCAGUCAGACAUUUCAGUGAAUCUGGCUUGUAGACAUUGGGCUUUUGAAUGUAUCGGCUGCAUCUGAACAGGCUGUGUUAAUAUCUCCUUUCACACAAGCAGGAGGUUUUAGGGCUAGACGUAGAGAUGGUUGGGUGUGGUUUUUUGUUUUUGUUUUUCUUUUUUUUGUCUAGUGUUGCAAAUGUGGAGCUAAACUAUAAUAGAAAUUUCGGGCCUAAAACCAUUGGAGGUUCAUACGUUCUUUCAGUAUUUCAGAAGUGUAAUUUUAUAUUUGCUUUGUGCCACAUCUACUCUUAUUUUACCACUGUGGUUUUUUUUCCCCUACUCAGAACAACGGCAGUAAGAGUUAAGUGAAAGUAUUGAGAUCAGCGUGGGAGAUUCCGUCUUCCUUUGAAGUUGUGAUAUUCAGAUUGUCAAAACCACAACAAUUAAAACCGAUUCAGGUUUUUUUUCAUGUAGCCCUGCUAUUAGGAGGCAUAGCGGUUACUUUCUCUGCUGCUUCUCGGUGCAGUUUUAAGUUUGUCCUGUUGACUGAUUUUGAAAUAAGUUGUAAAAUACUGAUUGGGCUUUACUAUUUAGGCCAGCCAAAACCAAUAACCCCUGUUCCAACUUACGCAAAAUAAGGUGAAUGGAUUUGAGGAGUAGAAAUCAGACUCGGGCUAUUUGCGAACGUCAGAUGGUGAUGGUGAUUGGUAAUAUUUUUAAGCAUUACCUCUCAUAGACAGUAUUGAAAAUUUCUCCCUCAAGUGCUAAUUUUCUGUACGCAUGCGGAAAUUUUGUUGUAGACGUAUAUUCAGAAAUUCCACCGUAAAUAUGUAGAAAACCAGCCCUCUGGUGAUUUAACGAGUACAUUUCUAACCCCCAAAGACAAUAUUUGUUCUGUGCCACUUUGGAUUAGACUGCCUUCAUUAUGUGGGAAUUCACGAAAGGAAGAUCUUUGCUUGCCAGACCUCCCCAUAAGUAGUUUGUUUUGGGGGAACAAACCUCAAAUGAGAUCAACCCAUCACUGGGGUUCUGGAGGCUCCCUUGAACAAUGAUAGAUAGGCUGUGCUUCAUGGAGGAUAUCUGGUUAAUUUGUUAGUUUCAAGGCUUCAUAAGAUGGGGGAGGAGCCUCCUCUGAGCCCUCCAUAGAUGUUUUGAUGACAGUUCUACCUGCAACACGACUUUGAAAAAUCUGCUCUCUGCUGAGCCACUGUUGAGACAAAUCUUUGCUUACAUUGCAGAGAACCUUAAUUAGCUACCUGGCAUUCUUCCUAGGAUCCUGAACUUUUACUCUCCCUAUUUGUGCUAAGGAAAAAGGCAAGGAGAAACCUCAGUCUGUCCUGCUUGGGUCUCUACAACCCUGACUGGAUUCCAGGUGUUGUGUCCCAGAUUUUUCUAGAAUUAAUUCUUUUCUGAAUUAUAAUAGCCCUGGCUUUCUGUGAACCUUUCUGUUUGGGAUAUUUGUUAUCCAAAUAUAAUAGCUACAGCUCCCCCCCACACACACACCAUUUUGUUUAGAUCUUUCCAUGCUACCCUUUAAACUUCCUUUGUGUUAUCACAUGCACAUACAAAAUAUCUGAAAACAUAAAGAUACAUUGGCAUAACAUCAGCGUGGAAAGAAGGAGACUGUUCUUUUUUUCUAUGUAGUCUCUGCAUUUGCAGAAGGAUGCCUUCCAAACCACUGGAAGAAAUAAGGAAUAGAGAGCAUUAGGGGGGAAAAAAACAUUUGGGCUUUUGAGGUGAAAGUAUGCGGCGAAAGCAUUUUAGAGGAAUGCUCCACCCUCAAGAAAAAAGGUGAUAUAGCAAUGCAGGUAAUACCUUUCAUAGAUCAAUUAAGACCACUGUUGGUUUUCUCUUCGCUUUUAUGUUGCCAGCUGGAGAAUCUGCACUGGGGGGAUUGCUCUGUCUACAACAGGGGUAUCAAAUCAUAUUGUGACGUAUCGGGACUUUUUUUUGCCUUUGCGAGGCUGAGGUGGGUGUGGCCUGCGCAGGCCGCAUCCAGCCCGCGGGCCGCAUGUUUGACAUGCCUGGUCUAUACUAUCUCUGAAAGUCGAGUUCUAAUAGCCUGGCAUUCAUGUGUUGGUGUGAGACUUGAAGUGUUGAUCAAACUGCAUGAACGAUAGAUAUUGGGGGGCUUUUGAAAUCACAGGAGAUUAGAAGUUGUUCUGGCUUCCUGUAGAGAAGAUCUUUUUUGCCAGAUGGAGAUUGCUAAUUAACCCCUAUGUGGAAGAGAUUGGAUCUACACAACAAAUUGCUGCUCAGUCACUGAUUCAAGGUUGAGGCCUCUAGACCAUAUUCACGGUAGGCUUUGUUGUUUGGUUGUUAGCAUCGGAGGGUUGUAGUAAUUAGCAAUCCCAGAAGAUCAUUGAGCUGGCUUUUGUCAGUCCAAUGACUUGGUUAGAAGAGGCUAUUCUACUUCACUGGAGGCAGUGUACUUCAUGAGAGUGUUUUCUUUGUUCCCAGCAAUUGGUUUAAUAGGGAAUGAAACUGUGCAAUUACUCACUUGAUUCCUAGACUUGUCUCUUUCUGGGCGAAGUAAUAUAAGCUUUGACUGAUGAAGGGAAGGUAAUUUCGAUAACAAUGUUCUCCAUUUUUAUUUCUCAAUAUUGAUCUGCAAAGAUAAUAGCACCAGGCCCAACCCCCCCCCCCAACAACCUGGAUUUAGAGAACCAGAGUGCAAGGGUGACUCUGAAAAAGUAUUCUUUGAACUCAUUGUGGUUAGGCAUCCUGAUCCCAGAAGAUGCUGGCAUCACAGCAGUUAAACCUAUAAAGAAACAUCUAAAGCUAAAACCUAGACAGUUUUUGUGCCUUUACAAUUUUCUUAUCUUUUUAUGCAGCCAUUUCCCAGUUGACGGUUAAACAGUCUGUACAAUUAGCAGAAAUCGGUUUUCAAAGUGGCUUGUGCACUGUCUUGAAUUGGAAGAAUGGCUUAGAAGAUCUUAGGGGUCCUUCAGCUGAAAUGGAGGCGAAAGUUGUGACACCUCAGUCGCCGGCAGCUUUGGCAGCAACUUAAGAAUAAGGCAGAGGUUGUGUCUUGCCUUGUCUUCAGAUGCUUUAACAUUGUUUUCCAUUUGCUAUAAGAAUUUUAUAAGAGAGAAAGUGUUUUGUGUUAAACGCUGAUGCACAGUGCCAAUUGUUUAAAGACCAGCUUCAUGCAGUAAGAAAAGUGACGUUUCAGAUGGGUACGCAGCCUCUGCCGAUACCUUUCCAGAGAUAUUUGGAAGGAUCACCCUGAAGCACUCAGCUUGCCUGCCUGAUUAUUGUUUCAUUUAUCCUUACUUCCUGUCAUUUGUUCUUCAAACAGGUGUUUUUCUGCCUUGUGUCCUUUUUAUUGCAGGUUCAGCAGCCAUUCCUUCGCAGCCCACCUGGAUUCAGUCUCCAGCAUUCUAAAAAAAGAUCUUAGGAUGGGGGGAAAAAAAGAAAGAAAUGUUUCGUUUGAAACUACAGAGACCCACUCCUGCAACACACAGUCCUGAUGUAGAAUAGAUCAGCAGUGGAACUGGUUAUAAAGCUACUUCAUCUGUUUGUAAACAUUUAACCAGGAAGGAUACCUGUGACUACAAAUGGGCCAUCUGACAUGGCUACUUGAAUUCCAUUUUUGGGUCCUAAUCAGUAGUUAAUACAGACCAGAUAGGACUUCCUUUCUGCUAAUCUGUACCAAACGAAUAAAAAAGGAAUUCCUUGGGAAAGCUUUUUGAGUCAUUGGACGGACUGAAUAUUUGCGUACUGCACAGGUAGUCCUCGAUUUAACGGCCACAAUUGAGCCCAAAAUUUCCUUUGCUAAGGGAGACAAUGGUUAAGCGAGUUUUGCUCCAUGUUAUGACUUGUCUUGCCCCAGUUGUUAAACAAUCACUGCAGUUGUUAAGUUGUAAUAUGCUUGUUAAGUGAAUCUGGCUUUCCCCCAUUGAUUUUGCUUGUCCGAAGGUCACAAAAGGUGAGCACGUGAUCCCCCCCCUCACGGCAAUCAUAAAUAAAUGUCAGUUGCCAAGCAUCCAAAUUAUGAUGCUGCAAUGGUUAUAUGUGUGAAAAACUCGUGUUUUUUUUUCAGUGCCGUUUGAACUAAACGAAUGGUUGUAAAUCAAGGACUACCUGUAUUUCUUAAUUGAAAUACUUGCCAAUUUAGAGAUGAGAAUUUGAUUUAAAGUAAGUGCCUUGCGAUAGGCAAUUGUACCUGGAGACGAGAUUUCAGGCUGGGCAACUUAAGUUUGUGCCACUUCGGCUCUUCUCUAUUUAAUGUUGACUUAUAAAUCCAUAACCGGGAAACAUCUCAGCAGCUUCAAAGUUGAUAUGUUCCUUUAAUAAGGAAUUACACAUUUUGUUGCCUCCCGGUUGUCCAUUAACAGAUGCAUUGACAUCCUUGGUUUAUGCUCUGUUUGCUGGUUGGUAAUACUGUAUGUAGCCUCUGGAUAUGAUAAAUGUGAAGAAGUGCUGCUUCUGUGAAAAAAAAAAGGGGGGGGGCUAUAGGAAGAUAUGGAAUAGGAGAAAAA